AUGAAGACCAGCGGAUUGGGAGACGAUGCUCCGGCCUCCUCAAAGAAUGAAGAACUCGUCCAGGGAGUCCAGGGCACACCACAAGCAUGGGCCAAGAAUGAGUCAGAGGAUGGCUUCAGCUCCGACUCCGACUCAUCUGAGGAAUCUCUCAACGCGAACUGCGUAAACAUACCUCAGCCACGGAAGGAGGUGCAGUAUCCCGGCUUCAGGCGCAACCGCAGCUGGCAAGAACCCAGUUCUGAAGUUCAACGGGCGCUGAACAGCUUGACCUCCUUCCGCUCCAUGCUCAUUGCCAACCAAAAGAAGACGCUGCAACAAUUGGACGAUGAACUCGACCGAAUCCAGAAUAUGUCGAACGUAAGCGUAGCGGCUGCAGCGGCUGCCGCAGCGAUUCCGGUGUCAGGUGGCCGCAAAAGCCAAGGCAGCACCGCGAGCGAGGUGAAACGUUUCUCCUUCGGAGCUCUCUUUCCAGCAGUGCAGAAGCAACGCAAGCGCCGAAUGUCUUGGAUUCCGAAGACAUCCCCAGCCGCACCAGAAUCCAUUCCAUCUUUGCUGGAUGCUGCUGAGGUAGAGAAGCUGACGCGAAAUGAGAAGGCCAAGAUAAAAAAGGAUGCCGAUGAACAGCAGCAGAAGGGCAUGCUUGUCCAACUGGAUCCCGAGCUUGCUCGCAGCGCGGUCCGCAAACGCGCCACAGAUGAGUUUGGAGAGGCGGUAGCGGGAGAAGUCGUGGAGUUGAGUGGGCGCUGCUACGAGUUUGCCACGCAUCCCUACUUCGAGCGCUUCACUAUGGCCAUCAUCUUCUUAAAUGCCAUGUGGAUUUCAGUGGACAUCGAAUUCAACAGGGCUGAGAUUUUGUCUGAAGCUGAUGUCGGCUUCAUCAUCGUUGAGAACCUGUUUUGCUUGUUCUUUGCCUUCGAGCUUAUUGUUCGGUUGUGGACUUACGCGCGUAAAUGUUCUGCUCUACGAGACAUCUGGUUCUUGUUUGACGUGUUCCUGGUCGCCUUGAUGUCCUUCGAGACUUGGUUUUUUCCUUUGGCGCAUGCGAUCUCAGCGACAACCGGCGACACUAUGACGGGAGGCGCUUCUGUUCUCCGUGUCGCGCGGGUUCUGCGAGUGCUCCGAACUGCGAGAAUGGCCCGCCUUGUGCGUUUGAUGCCGGAGCUGAUGAUUCUGAUCAAAGGCAUGAUGGUUGCAUGCCGUUCCGUGUUCUUCACUUUGGUCCUACUGCUGAUGUUUACCUACGUUUUCAGCGUGGCCUUCGUGCAGUUUAGCCGUGGAACCAUUCUGGAGACGACAUUCUUCGGCUCCAUGGGCACCGCAAUUUGGACGUUGCUCUUGAAGUGUAUCCUCACCGACCAGCAGGUCAUCAUCGAGGCAGUCGCCGAGGAGAGUUGGAUCCUAGCUGCGUUGAUACUGGUCUUCAUUCUGUUCGGGUCCUUGACUGUGAUGAACAUGCUUCUCGGAGUCCUGGUGGAGGCAGUCAAGACGGUGUCGACCAUUGAGAGGGAACAGUUGGAAGUCGACUUUGCAAAGAAGGUCCUGUGGGAGAUGAUUGACAAAGGACAUGCUGAUGAGGAUGGAGACAACAGGAUCUCAGAACAGGAAUACCGCAAAGUGCUUCGCACGCCGGAGGCCAUGACGGCCCUCGCAAGCUUGGGAGUCGAUGUGGAAGCUGCCCUGGAUUAUGGCAAGCUGUUGUUCGAAGAUGGCGAGCCGCUAACAUUUGGUGACUUCAUGCGGGGCAUCCUCACGUUGCGGGGCUCCAAUCAGACCACCGUCAAGGACAUUGUUGAGUUGCGCAAGUUCACUGCAGACGAGUUUUCCCACAUCCACGACAUUCUGAGCAGUUUGUGCAAGUACGUUGUAGCACCAGGAGCCCCUCUCCACGACAAGGACAACGACCAUCGGCCCAGCCAUGCUUCUUUAUCCUCCAUCACCAGCUCGGGACGUGCUUCGGAAAGCUGCUGA